ACGUACAUCCGAUUCUUGACAUCUUAUUGUGCCAUUGAUAAUAAACAAGAACAAUGUCGAAAAUACAGUCAUUUAUUAUCAUUUUUAUGAUGGCAGCGAUAUGCUUUGAUGAAGGAUUAUCUAUGAGAAAGAGAAAAAGAGAAAGUAGACGGGGAAGAUGUCCAAGACGUCUGAUUAAAAAGAAUGGCUCCUAUGGGAUUAUUGAAACUCCUGGUUAUCCACUGCCUUACCGAAAUAAACUGAAAUGUGUCUGGCGUAUUCGAGUACCUAAAGGUUUCUACGUGCAUUUGGAUUUCAUUGAGACUUUUGAUGUGGAGUGUUUGUCAGGUGUAAAUCUUGCAGUAAGUACUAUCCGUCUUUACCGUCAUAACACACCUAAAGGAUCGCAACAAACUGUCGUAUUUUGUGGACGAGGAGAAAUGAGGAACGUCACUGUUCCUGAUAACUUCAUGUGGAUUCGCUUUCAAUCUGCAAACUCCAACAAAAGUCAAAAACAUAUUGGAUUUCGAGCAAGAUACAUGGCUCGAGAUGUUGAUGAGUGUCAAUUUUCGCAACAUCGUUGUCAACAGAACUGCGUUAAUACUUUGGGCAGUUAUCGCUGUUCGUGUAAUCUUGGUUAUAUACUUCAUAAAGAUGGCGUCAAUUGUACCGCUUACAAGAUACAUUUCGAAGAAAAAGAAUACAGGAAAAAUAUUUCCGAAUCAAUCCCUGAGAACACGUUGGUGUUGAGAGUCAAAGCUUUUGUUGAAAGAACAAGUCUUCCUAUUUCGUACAGUUUAAUAAGAAAGUAUCCAAAACAUCAUAAAAUUGGAUCUUAUCCAUUUAGAAUAUCUCGUUCUACAGGCGAGAUCAGGUCUCGUAAAAAACUUCCCCCAGAGGAGAGAAGUUACAAAAUGACAGUGAAGGCAUCAUUGAACAGGGUAAGUUAUGUUUUGGCCCCUGUUCAUUUUACAGUGUCGAAAAGAAACAUCCCAGAAAUUGAGUUUUCAAGACGAUCUUACAGCGUCAUUGUAAGUGACAGUAUGAAGAAUGGAGAAAAGAUACUUGAUCUCCCAAUGAAAUCACUAAAAGCUGCGCAGUUUAUUACGUAUAAUAUUUCAGGAUUGAACGAAUUUUUUUCAAUUCAUCGAGAUUUUGGCACAAUAAAACUCAAGCGGGAUUUCAGUGAAAUUAAACUCGCCAGAAAUUCUUCUAAGAAAUUUAGUUUCACUGUGAUAGCGCAGCUCCGACACCGUCCAACAACUAUUGUUGCAUCUGCACUUAUUGAUGUUUAUGUUAUACCUGCAUAUUCGGGCGAUGUUUUUGACCAUUUGCUGGAAAAAGUUAAUUUAACACAACAAGUACAACAUGAUGAAAGCAAUCAAUCUCGAAGGUCAGAAUUUGCAUUUCAUCGCUUCUUCCGUCGUCUAUCCCCGACAGCUCAAAAUAUAUCAAUUGCAAACACGAAGUUUAACAAAAUCAUCCGAGGAUUGCGAAAUAGCGUUAAGGACAAGUUUGCAUCUAUACGUGUUGUGACAAACGAACAAUUGAUCACAAAACUUUCUCCGAUUGUUCUUGCAUCACGUGACAAGCUAGCAGAGCUUAUUAACGCUACCCAUUGUGUUAUUCCUGUCGCCAAUUGCUCGAACCAAAGAUUUCAUUCAAAAUACAGGACAUUUGACGGAACUUGUAAUAAUCUCAACAAUACAUUAUGGGGAGCAGCCAAUAUUCCCUUCAAGAGGAUGGUAAAGGCAAAAUAUUGGGAUGCAGACGGUUUAGGGGAACCUUAUGGAUUUCCAGGGCAAUUACGAGUUGCAUCAUUACCUUCUCCACACUUGAUCAGCAAACGUUACGUGAAUCACAGGACAUCAGGAGAUAGAGGGGGAAAGUUUUCAUUGAUGAUGAUGCAAUGGGGUCAAUUUCUUGAUCAUGAUUUAACAUUUACAGCUGAAAGUGACGGAUCUGAACAUUGUGCAUUACCAAGGUGUGAUGGAUCAUCUGAAGAUUUUGAGUAUCCUUGUUAUCCUAUAAUGUAUCCAAAAACAAGUGGUGAGUGCACGAUGUUCACACGGUCAGCGGCUGCAUGUCAAACAGAUCCCGAAAACAUCAGCAAACGAGAGCAAUUAAAUUUAAUCACGUCCUACAUCGACGGAUCACAGAUUUAUGGUUCGUCAAAGACACAAGCCGAACGUUUAAGAGAGUUUUCACCAGAUUACCAAGGCUUUCUUAAAGUCAACCCUACCACGUAUCUAUUACCGGAUAUGGAGACUACUUUAAAACCUCCGUUGAAUUUAUGCCAAUUUUCAGGAGGUUGCUUUGAAGCAGGUGACAUGCGGGCUAACGAACAGAUUGUCCUUGCUGCGAUGCACACGUUAUGGGUACAUGAACAUAAUCGAAUCGCUAGAAUAUUGAAAGUAGUUAACUCGCGUUGGAAUUCAACCAAGAUUUACCAUGAAACAAGAAAGAUUGUAAUUGCUGAGUUACAGCAUAUAACUUAUACAGAAUAUCUUCCAAAGUUAUUAGGGGAAGAUUAUCGUUCAGAAUACACUGGCUACGAUGGCAACAUCGACACGACAAUCUACAAUGCAUUUGCUACUUCUGCAUUCCGUGCAGGGCAUAGUUUAGUUCGACCAGCAUUUUCUAGAUUGGAUGAAAAUUUUGAACGUAUUGGUGAGGAUGUUCCCUUGGUGAAAGCUUUUUUCAACAAUGAUCUUUUAAAAAAGGAAGGCAUCGCCCCUUUUAUUCUUGGCUUAUUGGGAAAUGUUUCAGAAACGAUAAAUCGUGGAAUGGCUGAAGGAUUAACGAAACACUUAUUUCAACAACCUGGUUCUCAGCACGGUUUUGAUUUAGCAGCAUUGAAUAUUCAACGUGGACGAGAUCACGGACUUCCUGGCUAUGGAGCUUGGAGACGAGAAUGUGGUCUUCCAGAAGCGACAUUUUUUGACGAGACGAACUAUGAGAUUACAGAUACAAAAGCGAGAAAUAUUCUAAAUGAGUUGUACGAUACUGUGGAACACGCUGAUCUCUGGGUAGCUGGACUUGCGGAGGCGCAUGUUCCAGGAGCAAUGAUUGGUCCUACGUUUCACUGUAUAUUAAAACGACAAUUUGAAAGACUAAGAAGUGGAGAUAGGUUUUGGUAUGAACGAGAUGGUGUUUUUACAACAGAACAAUUGCUUGAAUUGAAGAAAACGUCGUUGUCUCGUGUGAUUUGCGAUAAUCUUUACAAUGUCGUGUCUCUUCAACCAGAUGCAUUUCUUCCAGUUAAUGAGGACACAAACAGAAGAGUUGAAUGUCAGAAUGGCCUCCCUAUAAUCGAUUUUAGCAAAUGGAAGGAAGAGAAAUGUUCAGGUAAUCAAUGUGAUGUUUUGGCGACAAGACCUUUUCGAUGGAGUGAUUGGGUUUAUACGCAAAAACUCUCAACAGGAUCGUGGGCUCUAGUUGACCUAAAGAAAAUGUGUGGUGGUUUCUCGAGUCUUGAGAUAGAAUGUAAAACAGCUGAUGGCGAGAAUGCAGCGAGUACAGAGGAAAAUUUUGACUGCAGCAAUGAUGUUGGUUUCGUAUGUAGAAACAAUGAACAGGACAAUGUUAAAUGCAGUAAUUAUAAAUUUCGACUCAAAUGCUCGGAUACUGAAAAAGCAGAACCAGUAAGGAAGCCAACAAACACAGGUGUUCCUAAUAAGAAUUUUGAAAAUACAUAUGAGUGCAGUCCAGAUUUAAAAGCUCAAUAUUUCCAAGUGAGUUCACUAAAAGCAGAGGUUACUCAAGCACUGACAAUUUUUUCUCCUUCUCAAAACAGCGCUGGUGCAGAAUAUCUUUACCUAGGACGUCAUGUAAAUGAUCAUAACCAUCGCUUCCUUAUUCAAUUUGAUCUGGCCAGAAUACCGCGUCGUGCCCGGCUUUUAUCAGCUACGUUACAGUUAUUCUUAGUCAAUGCUGGGAAUAAAGUAGAUAAUUUGAUACAUACAGUCGACGUUUACCCAAUAACUAGUACUGAAUGGCAUGAAUUAAAUACAACAUCACGGUUUCCGUGGUAUAAGGAUUUUUUGGGUAUUAACGAGGAUGUGGAUAAAGCUAGUGCAACAAAGAGUGCUGAAAUAUAUUCUAAAGAUAAAGAAAAAUGGGUGAAUAUUGACAUUUUCCAAUCUGUUUACAACUGGAAGAUGUCAAGUAAACGACGCCCUAAUUUUGGAUUGAUGAUCAAACUGACCAAUGAAGAUCAAGCUAUUUCCCUCGUCAAGUUUGCUUCAAAUAAACACGACAACGCAUCAAUUCAUCCGAAACUUCAUAUAUGUCUAGUUGCUCAAAUUUGGUAAUGCUCAAAGGUCGCAAAUUGCUGUAAAUGAAUUUUAAAAUAGAGUGGAUUUGGUACAAUAGGACUUAAUAAAAAUCGUUUCGUAGCUCUAUA